UUCAAAAUGAUUUACCAAGAAAAUCAAAAAUAUAAAUUCUCCACCAAGGAUUACACCAAUCCUAAUUCUUCCUUCAAAAAAUAUAUAAAAUAAGAAAUCAAAGUUGAAGAUGAAAUAUAACUUAAACUAGAGGAAAUUCAUCGCUCAUAAUUAUCAACUGAAGAUUUUUAGGAGUCUUCUUAAAUAAACAGUAUUAAAAAAAGAAACAAGAUUUAAAAGAACAAGGAUAGGAAUCAAGCUUAUAAAUCAGAAACAAAAAAUAUUCCAAAAAAUUUUGGAGUGUUGUUGAAAAAAUAUUUAUGUAUUCUAUUUAAACUCAAUUUUUCUAUUUAGGCACAAAAAAUAUAGACAAUUAGGCAAUUAAGGCAUUUUUGAAAAAUGGGGAGAAUAAAAAAAACUUUUCAAGACAAGAUUUCACUAAACUCUUUAAUGAUGAAACAGCAUAAGCAUUAUCUAGAGAGUACUUUUCAGGAUUCUAAAUAAUUCAUGAUCUUAUGAUAAGUGAAAAAAUAUAGGAUGUUAAAAAUCAUCUUAAAUAUAUCAGCAAAUUUUAUAAUUCUACUUACAAUAAAGAGGAACUUGAUGAAUUAAAAUUAUAAUGA